UGGCUGCAUGUCCUCGAGGGCAUGGGAAAAGACCAAAAAUGGAUCACAUCAAUGCCCCCCGAUUAUCUUGUGCAGAAAUAUGGCAAACAAGACAAGGUUACGAUGGAAGUAUUUGAUGACGAAGGACCGCAGGUAACGAAGCCCGUGCAAACAAAAUGGGCGUCCGGAUUCAUCCACGGGGAUCCGUUCGAAACCAGAAAAGUUGUACUCGAUGAGAGUCUGCUACCUCGGGUUUUGGCAAAGGUGACGAUCGGACCAAAAGGAGCCGACCUGCGAGACUUUUUCUUGCAGCAACUGAGGAAUACUAUGGCCGAUGCCGCAGAAUCUGGAGAUCACGUACUCAUCAUGAUCUUUUCACACGGCGAUUAUGAUUCCGCCGGCGGCUUAUGCCUAGGUGUUGACCUGUUUAUGAAUGAUGACUCUGAAAGUACCUGAAACCAAGCCAUGUCGCAUCUAUUCUCUCGGAGUACCCAGACAUCAGGACCACUAUGUUUAUGACAUCGUGUUUCUCCGGUCAUUGGGUGGAGACCACAGAAUUUAAAGGGAGAAAUCUGACACCGGCAAUUCUUGUUGCAGCAGAAACGGAAGAGGAUUCAUUCGGGUAUGUAUGGUUGCAUUCGCAGAGACACGCUGGGGGGCUAUUUUCAUCGGCCGCAAUAUCAGAGCUGGUGAAAGAGCCACCCUUUCUCCCACCGGCUUCGGACCAGGACACGUCCCGCGAGUAUCGGGAAUUGACAACCGCGAUAGUGGCCGAGAUGCACAGACUCUGUCUACCUGCUAACAUCAAAGAAGGCUACGGAUCGUCACCAGUAUUCAGCGACCCGAAAUCGCAGGAAAAGUUUUGGAAAAGGACUGGCUACAGCCUGAACCACUACGAAGAUAAUUACAACAAGCUGCCAACGGCACUGGCCUCUGAUCCUCAUCCAAAGAGGAAUAGAAAAAAGUUUGAAGCGGGUUUCAUAGACGGUAAUGACCCGGAGAUAGUCGCCUGGAGGGAGCGUCAUCCCCUCAUUGUUGAUGAAGACUUCCCAGAAGCGACCGGUGGCUAUGGAAGGACUAUCCGGGGACUGGUUUCGCCCUGGUCUAUGAAGUAUUUAAUGCAACAGUACUCAAGAACAAACCCGGGGUAUCAGACGAUUGAACAUCAAGCGGUCAUACGAACAAUCCGUGAAUACUACGAUGGCCUCUUGGACGACAAUGGAAAGCUGCGCCUGCGCCGCUUGCUCAUUAGCAGGCUCCAAAUGAAUAAGAAAGCUAACCAUUAUGCCAAGCUUUUGGGAUUGUACAGGCUUCCAAUCAUUGAGAUUUGGACGAUGGCCCAGACAGCUAAGGAGUAUGAGUACUCCACCUUUCGAAAUUAUUUUAACAAGGUAGCACGGUCUCGUAUUUUCAAUGAGGAAAAGAUAGGACCUUAUUAUCGAAAACCUGCGCAAUACCUAGCAGCUGCCAUGGCAAUCGCUGCUUACAGUGAGGGCGAUGUGGAGGCUGCGAUUAAGAAAAUCUGGCAAGCGCGUAAUGACAAGAAGUUGGAUGAUCAGAUAACGCUGGACCUCAAGGAGUCCGUUCGCUAUUCUCAGUCGGUUUCCAGUAUAAAAUCGCUGAUACAAGGCAGCCGAAGGAAGCCUCAGAAGAGACGUCCUGCUUUGUCUGACAUCGAAUGGCAUUGAGUUGUACUAACAGGGAUUCUCAAAUCGUGGCUACUUUCUUAAGGUGAAACCGAUAAUGUAUGAGGAGGAUCGUGGCGUCGUUAUAGGAGAUGGAGGGGGUUCCCGAGGAGAUUGAUGGUGAUGAUGGAGUCGGGCGUUGAGUGAUGUCUGAAGUGGGUG